AUGGCAGUCGAACCCAAUGUCAAGGUGUAUACCGUCAAUGGCGCAACGGCCGCCUCUUCGUCUUCUUUGCCAGACUGGUUAACACGCAAACGCGCUGCGAAAGGCAAGGGCAAACGUGCUGUACGAGAGCAAGUUGAGGGGACGAUAGAGCUUAUCCAGGGCUUCGAGUUUCCCGAAGCAAGCAACAGGAUAAGGACAACUCGCGAUGGGCUUUAUGCAAUUGCGACGGGAACAUAUAAACCACAAAUGCGAGUAUGGGAUUUGGGUCAAUUAACGCUCAAAUUUGAACGCCAUGCAGAAGCGGAAAAUGUCGACUUUGUGAUGUUGUCUGACGACUGGACAAAGUCAAUACAUCUUCAAAACGACCGAACUAUCGAGCUUCAUACCCAAGGUGGCCUUCACUACCGCACGAGAAUACCCAAAUUUGGCCGAUCUCUCGCAUAUCAUUUCCCUUCCUGCGAUGCACUCUUUUCUGCUGCCGGCAACGAAAUUUAUCGUCUUAAUCUUGACCAAGGCCGAUUCAUGACCCCUCUUGUGUUGGAAGAUGCCGAAGAAGAGAUUUACGGGGUCAACGUCAUCGACGUUAACCCCGCCCACCAACUCCUUGCCUUCGGUAUUGAUGGUGGGGGAGCGCAAUUUUGGGAUCCUCGCUCACGCUCACGCGUGGGCGUCUUGCAUCUACCGUUAAAUCGACUUGGCUCUUCUACAGAUGCUACCCCCGGUGUGACAGCGAUAUCCUCCCGAGUCGAUGGCCUGUCUUACGCACUGGGAACUUCCACUGGCCACACUUUACUCUAUGAUAUCCGCGCUGGGAAGCCUUUCGCAUUGAAGGACCAAGGCUAUGGCUUGCCUGUGAAGAGCGUAGCUUGGAUCGAGGGUGGCAGUCGGAUGGCGGGAGAUGGGCUGGUUCUUACUGCGGACAAAAAAGUAAUAAAAGUUUGGGAUCGGAAUUCGCCUUCGAAUAAUUUUGCUGCUAUAACUCCUGCCAACGACCUAAAUCAAGUUCACCACAUACCUGGCAGUGGUCUGAUCAUGACCGCCAAUGAGGGCAUUCAAAUGGCAACGUAUUAUAUCCCGCAACUAGGCCCUGCUCCAAGAUGGGCCAGUUUCCUCGAGAAUAUCACUGAAGAAAUGGAAGACCAAACCACGCGUUCAGUGUAUGAGGACUUCAAGUUUGUUGAGCGGAACGAGCUCAAAACACUUGGUCUCGACCAUCUAGUUGGUACUGCCGCCCUCAAACCUUAUAUGCAUGGCUACUUUGUCUCCCUCAAACUAUACGACGCUGCUCGAAUCAUCGCUAAUCCGUUCGCGUAUGAUGAGUAUCGUGAGAAGGUGGUUCGACAGCGCAUGGAGAAAAUGGCGGAGACAAGGAUACGGACGAAGAAGGAUGGCGCUUUGGCGGGUAUUAAGGUUAACAAAACGCUGGCUGAGAAGAUUAUGCGGGAUGAAGAACGAGAGAAACGUCGUGCUGAAAAACGAAAACAGCGAACCGGUCCUGCUGUCGAAGAUGGAGAUGUGGACAUGGCUCCAAGUGAAGAAGAGGAGGAAAACGCAAUACGCCCCAGUUUGCUAUCUGACCCGCGUUUUGCCAAAGUAUUCCAAGAUCCGGCAUUUGCUGUUGACGAGAGCAGUCGUGAAUUUGCGUUGCUUAAUCCGUCGGCGGUCGCUCAACGUAAGAACGGAAACGAUGGCAAGCGAAAAACGGCAGUUGAAGAAGAAGAAGACGAAAGCGAUAAGUUGUCAUCAGAUGGUUUGGAGGAGGAAAGUGACGAUGCCGAAAGUGAUAGCAGUGAAGAAGGCGCUCUCAACACAUACGAUCCUCGACAAAGACCAGGGCAAAAGAAUGCCCGUAUGCAGGAAGCUUACACCAGAGCUCGCAAACAAAAUCAACUUGCUGGGCAAAGUAAACUCGUGCCGAUGCGGGCCAGCUCUAGUCAAGGCUUUUAUGCUUCAAACAAGGACGCUACUUUUGGCCAAAGAAAGUCAGGGAAAUCAUUCGCGCCAACAUCCAAAUCUUCCACAUCGGCGGGAGACCUUAUGGAGGUCAGCUGGGUCCCUUCGGCCAAAAAAUCCUCUUUGGACGAGAAGAGCAGAAAUAAAGGCAAGUCAAGGAAAGGCCUGGAAACAUUUGGAGCUGGGCUGGAAAGGGGAUACACAGAACAGGAUACGGAGAUGUCAGAGCAAGACAGAUUUGUGCAGUGGGUCGCCAAACAUGACCCCAUGCCUUCUCAACGCAAAACUGACGUUGAAUCGGAUGACGAGACGGCUCACCCAGGGCUCGAGCUAGAUAGUGGCAUCCAGCACAUUCGAAUUCGUCGACAUUGGUGGCAAAUAUGGCUGCCCGGUACUAUGCCCCCUCCUCCUCCCACGUCCUUAGAUGCGGCAAAAGUUUCGCCUUUCGUAUCAGCAUCGCUCUUUAGUGUUCUUACUUAUUCAUGGAUAACACCACUCAUGGUGUUAGGUUUCCAACGAACGUUACAAGUAGGGGAUCUAUGGAAAAUGGGGCCAGAGCAAGAGGCUGGUUAUCUCACCGAGAAACUGAACGCUGCAUGGAAGUGCCGGGUUGAAAAGGCUGAUGCGUGGAAUCGCCGACUGGACAAUGGAGAAGUGAAGCCCCCAUUUCUAAAACGAGUUGCAUGGUCUUUACCUGGUCGUGAUCGCGACACGCUGGCGAGAGAAAGAUGGUCGUCGUGA